CCCCCUGCGCGUGAUUAAUUAGGCCAUGGGACGAGGCGACGACCAGCAGCUGCGCACGCACAGAUUGAGAGAAGACGCCUCCGCCAACCCGGGAAGAAGAAGAAGAGGACGAAGCGACAGCGGUACCGGUACCGCCAACAGCAGCACCAGUAUGGCGAAGCUCUCGCCGUCGCUCAAGUCGCUCAUCAACGCGCCCUUUGCGCGGCCCGGCCCCGUGCCCGCGCCCCGGGGCAUCGCCGACGUGUACGCACGCAUCGCGCGCGAGGCGGAGCAGCACCGCGUGGGCACGAAGCCGUGGCUGGCCAUUUCGGCCGCCGCGACGUUCACGCUCAACUCGCCCGACUCGCUGGCGGUCCUGCACCGGGUGGCCACGGAGCGCGGCGCAGCGCCCGCCCCCGCGGCGGAGCUGGUGCGCGAGGUCGGGCUCAAGUGCAUCAGCUUCAACGGCAUCCCGCGCACCAUAAACUGCCUGAACGCGUUCCGCGCGGCGCUGCCCGCGGACGUGGCGGCGCGGCUGCACGACCGGCCGUCGCGCGUGCCCGCCGCCCGCGCUCCUGGGGGGGAGGGCGACAAUGGUGGAAGCCGCGACAAAAACAUCAACUACAACGGCGACAAGAACUACAACGGCAACGACGUCGACGCGGUGGCGCGGCGGGCGCGCGCGCUGUGGGACUCGGUGUACGCGCCCUUUGAGGACAAGCUCAUCGAAAAGCUGGCGCGCGCGCACCCGGACCUGCCGGUGCACAUCCUCAACAGCCACUACGGGCCGCUGCUGAGCGAUCCCGCGGGAGGAGGGCGGCGGCGGCAGCAGCAGCAGCCCCAAAGGGACGACAAUAACAACAACAACAACGAGAAGAAGAAGAAAGCUGAGAGCACGGUCGACGGGAGGAAAGAAGGAGCAGCAGACGUGGAGGAGGACGGGACGACGACGGCGCUGGCGCGUACGGGCCGCGUGCUGACGAGCGCCGUGGCCGUGGCCUGCCUGCGCGCGCAGACGGGCGUGGGGCCGCAGGUGCUGUCGCACGUCUUUGGGCUGCGCAAAGCGUGGGAGGACGGCACGUGGAGGGGCGACGGCGGCGGCGGCGGGGCCGGGGAUGCCAUCGUCGACGAGCACGAGGCGCGGUGGCUGGCGGGCGAUGAGGGGUGCGAGUGGCUGCUGAGGAGCGUGGACAGCAUCGUCGAGGCGUUGGGCGGGAGCACCUUUGCGGGGGGCCAUGAAGCGAGGGGGUCGAAGCUGUGACGGACGGAGGUGUCGUCAGGUCAGAUUUGGGUGGUGUAGAUGUAGAUGUCGUUGAGUGUUAUGCUGUGUGUGUAUAAGAGAGGCUGGCUGCAUAUAUCGGGCAUAGGCAGGGAUGGGGGGGGGCAAAGUAACGACGCUCCUAUAACAUGUAUGAGAGAGAGAUGGGUGCGUCAUGACUGUUGAUAUGAAGAGACUUUGCUUCUUCUAGCAAUGAACAGCCAUAUAUAUCAACGUGUCACCAGGCAUGAUGCGCGCAACGAAUGGCAAGCAAGUGGAAAGAAAAUAUCAUCCAUGUCGCACGACAGCCUGCCUGAGA